UCUGUACCCGGUCGACACACGACGCGCUGAGAAAAUUCACUGAAAAUUGAAAAGUACAUGGCAAGCGGCCAACUAAAGAGCGCCACUAAAUUAUUACGUAUACGUUACGAAUUUCGGAAACAGAACAGAAAAUGCUGCUAUCACGUACGGAAUGUAUACGAAUAUUGGACAAUUUAUUGGGGCCCAGCAACGAAGAGAAACCAACACUCUUGGGCUACGAAGUGGUUGCCGAAACCAAUGCCAUUGGCUAUCUAGGGGACUACUAUCUGCUUUUACUGAGCUAUGCUGUUGGCGAAACUUCUUUCCAGCGACAAGUCUUUGUCAAAGCGCUGCCCCAGAAGAGCGCCGAACCACAAAAAGAGGCGAUUUUUCGCAAAGAGGCAUGGCUGUAUGAGACUUUGUUGGCUGAUAUGCAGGCAUAUUCCACCGUCAAAUGGUUGGCCAACUGCUACUACACGCGUCCCGAUCUUUGCGUGUUAGAGGACAUCAAGCUGAAUGGUUAUGUUCUUGGCGAUAUGGAGGAACUGGACGAGACACAGAUGUUGCAAACGCUGCAUGCUUUGGCUGCCUUGCAUGCCGGAAGUUUGAUUUAUGAGCACAAAAGCCAUCUGAAUAUAGGAGAUGUCUUUGGCAACCACCUGCAGGAAGUUACGGUAUCUCCGGAUAUAGCUUGGUUUACCACAGGACUGGCUGCUGUUCUAGCCGUGCUGAAGACCCUGCCACAAUAUGCGACUCCUGAAUAUGCCAGCUUCAUGGAUCUUAAACUGCCUGGCAUUCUCGAUACGAUAUAUGAGCAAGUCUCGACCUCAACAAUGUAUCGCAAUGUGCUCUGCCAUCGCGAUGGUUGGGCGGGCAACAUUUUCUUCCCAUCCAAACCGAAUGCACCUGCAAUUCUAGUGGACUUUCAGACCUGCCGAUACUGUCCCCCUGCCAUCGACCUGAGCUUCAGCCUGUAUAUGAAUCUGACGAGUUCUGAGCGCAGGCAUCUCGAAAGUAGUUGCAUCGAUUUCUAUUACGAUUGCUUGACCGCCGAUUUGAAUCAUUAUGGUUUGGAUGCGACGAUGAUGCUACCAAAGGCGGAGCUCUUGCAAUCCUAUGAAGAGUUCCGUCUAUUUGCCGCUGUCUACCGUGCCGUGGCAGCUACCAUCAUUAAGGUGCCUUUGGCAUAUAUAACUAAUGAGUAUAAGUAUGUGGACCGCAGCUCGGCGAUUCUAAGCUAUAUGCAGGAUAACGAGCAGUUUGGCGCUUGUAUGCGCGAAUAUUGUGGCGAUAUUAUGGAAAUUGCAAUAGAAAUGAAAAAGUAAUAUUAUUUUUUACAAUCCCGAAGAGACAACCACUGAUUAGGCACUUCUUUGUAUAAACGAUAAGAAAAACGGAUAAAAAUAAAAUUGUCUUUAGAGUAGUAA